UCGCGCCCCAAUAAAUGCUCCCCUGUCUAGACUUUGUCCAUUCUAAUUAUGCCUGCGGCCGUUACCCCCACGAUUUCUAGACCCAAACGGUCAAAACCACCAAAAUUCAAAUCACUUAACCCGCAGCUGAAUCUGAAACUAGCCGUUAUCAAAGAGAAAACCGAUAGAGAAUUUGAGACAAUCUUUACCGAAUCCAUUAGAAUCAAUAUCAAAUCACCCAAGAGUAAAUAAUUUUCCGUUUUCUGCUCCGGAUUUCGAUUGUGUGCUCAUUGGAUUGGAUUCCCCAAAUCUGAAGAGCCCUUUGAAAGCUUUCACGUAACAAUGGCAACCCCCUCCAAUAGAUCUCAGUCUCCUUCGGUGGCAAGGCCGAGAAGAAGUUUCAGCGGCAGUCCAUCUUUCCCACUCUCCAACCCCAGACGAACUAUCUGCCCCACCACUCCUGCUAACAGCCCUGCUGAUUCUGUCAGGAGGGGAUUACCGGAUAAAGAAGAGAUCAGAGCUGCAUGGGAUUGCUCAGAGAAGGAGAACGAGAGGGCACCGAAACUCCGUUCACCUGCUAAGCAUUUCAUGUCCCCAACCAUUUCGGCAGCUUCAAAGUUCUGUCCAUCACCCAAGAAGAAAGUGUUGGUGGAGAGAAAUGAGCCUGUAAGGUCAUCAAUUUCGCUAUGUGAUGGUAAAGCCACUUUCUUUUCUCCAGAUUCUACAGAAAACUCAAAACCGGAGCCUGAAAUUUGCUUGGAUACGACCAAAUCCGUGAGAAAGGUGACAUUUUCUGAGGCACCCUUACAUAUUGAUCAUGGGACUGUAGUAAUGGACUCCUCUUUCAGUAAUGAGACAUUACCGAAAAAUACAAAUUCUUGUUCAGAUUUUUCUCCAACUACUAUAACUGCUUUAGCUCCACUAGUAGCUGCUAAUCCAUCUGUGAGUCCUUAUGAUCCUAAGACUAAUUACCUUUCCCCCAGACCUCAGUUUCUCCACUACCGACCUAAUCCAAGAAUUGAAGCUCUUAAGAGUAUGGAAAAGGGUUGUGAUAUGGUGGGGGAAAGUAGGCACCUAGAUGAAGCCUUUGUGUCUACAAUUGAAGAUUCUGAGUCUCAUAUUGAGGAAUCUCGACAAGAUUCAGAUGAUUCUCCUCCUUCUCCCACUACUACCGAGGAAGAGAUUGUGGCACAAGAGCCUAAGACUUUUGAGGAGGAGACUGUGAUGAAACUAGAAUCUGAAGAAACAGUGAGUGAGGAUAUACCUGGUAGGAAAAAGAAAACGAAAAGUAGAUUCUGUAUGGGUUCAACAUGGUCUGUUACUGUUUUGCUCCUCAUCAUGAUUGCUGCUGGUGUGUCAAAGUCAGCUAGCAAUUGCCCACUUGUAAACGUUUUUGGAGUGAAAGAUUUGAUGAAAAAAGUAUAUCUUUCUCCUAACCGAGGACCUCGAAUUCAAUCUACUAUGAAAGAUGGCCUGAAGCAAUUAUGGAUUUCAUCAUGCUUGAGUCAUACAAACUCAACCAGUCUUAUAGGAGGGAGAAAAUGGGAGUUCUUAGAGUAUAGGGGAGGGUUGAAGAAUUUGGGAGAAAAUGAGAUGGAUAAGAAUGUAGAAUCUGAUGAUUUGGGGGUUAAAGAAGAUGAUGCGGCGGCAGAAGAGGAAGUUGACUCUGAUGAUGAAGAAGAAGGCAUAGAAGGAGAAGGGGACGAAGACAUAGCAACCGUAGAAGAAGCUUAUUCUUAUUUUGGUGAGGGAGGAGAAAUUUCAGUUCUUGAAGAAGUAGUAGCUGUGGAGGAUCAAAAGGAAGAGAAUUGUGAUGAAGAUAUUGGUUUGGAUAGUCCCGUUGUGCCUGAAGAAACUUAUAAUAAUGUUGGUGAGAGCAGAGAAGUUUCAGUUGCUGAAGUAGUAGCAGUGGAUGAGGAAAAAAUAAAUGAUUGCUAUUCUUGGUCAAGUGAAAAUGAAAAGCAAGAGGAGGUAGAAGAUGAUGGUGUAGAAUUGGUGGAUGGUCAUCAUCAUGUUGUUUCUAAUACCACCACCAUUUUGAGGGGUUCUUCCAAUGAUGAGAAGAGUAAGGAAGAAUGUCCGGUUGAAACACUGCAGCAAGAAGGGAAUAGUAUUUCUACUGCAAGGGUGAGAAGAAUUCCAUUGUCUCUUCUUCUUCUUAGUGUAGUUUCUGCAGCUGUUGCUGCAGUGUUGACCUAUCUGAAACAAUGUUGGGGAAAGAAGUGGGCUGCUGCUGCUGUAGAGGCAGACCUUUGUCCUUCACGACAAGCAAGCAGCACCACAUCUCAUAGCAGCAACCGAGAGCGACGGAAGAGCAGCAGCAGCAAUAGCCACCGGAGGGAAUCCAUUGCUACUUCAAUCGGGGAAUCCCUUUCGUACGGGAGCUUCACCACGUACGAGAGGAUUCCCAUCAAGCAUCAUCAUCAACAUCUUGGAGAAGAAGUGAUUACUCCUGUGAGGCGGUCCAGCAGAAUCAGAAGCCAAGUUUCUUCACCAUCCCCUGGUGGUGGAUGAUGACAAGGGGGCUGCUGCUGCUUCUUUUCACUAAUCAUGUUUACUUACAUAUGUCAAAGAUUUAUAGUAGCAAUGCAAUUCUUCACUGAAAUUACUAUCUAGCAUCUACUAUUGCAUGUCAUAUUGCUCCUAACUUACUAAUGUGUGCGUUGCUUUCAAUCUAAAUGGGAAUGAAUGAAUCAUCAAUCAAUUCACGGCGCCCUUGUUUGGAAUGUUACACUCCAAGUUUCUUAUACUCAUAC